AUGCAAUCAUCUUCAAAACUCUGCUUUGUUUUGUGUUACCAAUUUUGCCAAGAUGAAACUCGAAAUACAAGCGGCAGGAUUUUCCAAGGAGGAAGCGGUAACUCAAGAAGCGGCCACUGCCAACCAGAUGCUGACUCCUACACUCAGAGACGGACGCUUCGUGUCUACAGAAGAGAGGAAGUGCAGCGGGAGGAAUUAUUAGACAACAUAAUGGUAGAUGGAUCUUGGGGGUUCCGUUCAAAGAUGGAGCCUCUACCACCAACCAUUUCUAAGGUAAAUGCUAUUACCAUUGGAUUAAACGACCGCUGGAAACUCGGAAUCAGGAGAGUGAAUGUAAAUUCUGACUGUGGCGUUGCUACAAACAUGAUCCAUGAGGGAAGAAGACGAAGGGGAGAUAAAUGGUUCAACUGCAAGACAUGCAGCUUCAACCUUCAGGUUAUGAGGAAUUCAAACCUGAUAUGACACAUUGCACGGAAUCAAGAAGUAUAGAAGUUACUAGUAGGGGUGUCAUAGAAGCAAACUCUUGCUUGAUCACAGAACUGCUACUGAGCAGUUGACUCCAGAUGCUAUGACCAAGUGCUAGUGCUAUGACAAUACACAACGAAAGAACGAUAGUGUGCUUAGCUCCAUCUACGUUGUCUGCUCCCAAUUCAUUGGAAACCCUCGUGCUGUGCCAAGAUUCUAACUUUUCAAUGCAUGUAAUCAGAAUGCCAAUUCAGGAAGACAUAAAGCAGAAUAAGGAGCGGAAACUAUGUGUCAUUAAUCAUUAUUUCUGACCUUGCUGCUGCACUCAGACCAUAAGAAAUCAUGUAGGCAAUGGCUUCUGUGUUGACACUGCAAAUAUUAAUGAUGAUUAAUGAGGUUAACACAAAGCAUACACAAAUGCAAAGGCAUCACAAUCAUCCCAUAUUGCAAUCAGUGAAGUGGUUAUCUCUGAAUCUGGCAGUAAUCCAGCUAAGAAAACCAAAAUCUCGAAGGCCCAGUACUCCGAGCCUGCAUAAUAUAACAUACAGAAUGAUUCAUAAGUUCAGAGUGAGGCAUUAAACUG